UUUAUGUGAAGGUUAAGUGAAGUCAUCAAAUUACACAAAAUUACACAAAUUGCACCUACUCUUCAAGCCAUUAUUCCCAUUAAUUAUGGGUAUCAAAAAGUCGCGGGGUUUCAUAUGCUCGCGUUUGCUCAUUUAUGGCAUCUAAUCUCUUAGUUUGUAUACUCAGGCUUCUAAUUUAGAAGGUAGCGAUCUAGGCCAAUCAGGUAUCAACGAGGGGAGUUCGAAGCAAAAGCUACUCGACGGCUCUCAUUUUCAUUAAAAUUACAUUUGACAUUAUCUUUGUCUUAUUUGUAUGAGCUCAUCCCUCUGAACAAUGCUUAAAUACCAGUGUCAAUUAUGAUAUGGAAUCAGUUUUUCUUGAACUUGUUCAUUUGAUAGAGUCGCUCUGUUGCAGCAUUCAAUCUCAAUAAUGGUUAAGCAAACUUUAAUCUUUGUUAAGCCCGGCGAGUUACGUCUUGAUGAAUACCAAGAAGAUGAUGAGCCAUCCGAAACAGAGGUUUUGAUUGAUGUAGCUGCUUGUGGUAUUUGUGGAACCGAUCUUCAUUUACAUGUUUGCGGUAGAAUCGGUCCAUUCAAAGCCAAGGAGAACGCAAUUAUGGGUCAUGAAGCAAGUGGAACCAUUGUCAAAGUUGGGUCCAAAGUAACCAACGUCAAGCCUGGUGAUAGAGUUUGUAUCGAACCACAUGAACCCUGUUGGGCUUGUAAUUUUUGUCGAAUCGGAUCAAGUAAUUUGUGUCCCUAUGGUGACGUAUCUAGUUGCGGAACAAAUAGAUACGGAUUCUUCCGAUCAACCAAUGUUUGGCCUGCCAUUUUGUGUCAUAAAUUACCAGAAAACAUGACACUCGAAGAAGGUACUUUAGUUGAACCAGUUGCUUGCACUGUCUGGGCAAUAAAACGAGCCAAGUUAGAGGGAAAUGAUUCAAUCUUUAUCAUUGGUGCUGGUCCAAUUGGUUUAUUAUGUUUGAUGGUUUCCAAGGCUUUCGGUGCUGGCAGAAUAUGCAUAACUGAUUUAAAUGAAAAGCGCUUGUCCAUUGCCAAAUCUUUAGGAGCAGAUUACACGUUGUUAACCACUCCCGGGGAAACAUCGGAAGAGAUUGCUGAAAAGGUCAAGAAAAUAAUGGGUGAAGCGCCUGAUGUUGCGAUAGACUGUACUGGUCUUGGCCCAUGUAUCAAUACAUGUAUUUUGACAGUCCAAAGGGGUGGAAAAGUUUUGUUGCCAGGAUUGAGCGCCAGCUUAUCUAGUGUUGAUUUAACUGUUGCAUCGUUGAAGGAACUAAAUCUGAUUGGUGUUAAUCGGUUCAAUAAUACAUUCCCAACUGCUAUUGAUCUCAUCUCCAGUGGAAGAGUUAAUGCCAAAGCUUUGAUCAGCCAGGUAAUUAGCUUGGAGGAUUAUCAAACAGCUUUCGAUGCUCUUAAGAAGGGCCAAGGAGUUAAAAUAUUACUUUCACCAAAACAUAAUAAAUAAGCUUUAUACGUUACAAGUAAAUAAACUGGUAGCUUUAAUUUUGAGAACUUAUCGAAAUAAAAUAUUAAAAUCAAAAAAUUAAAUGUUAAAA